CUUAUUAGUGGUGUCCGUUUCCAUCCGCAUAACAGACAGGCAGAUAUAGCGCUUAAGUAUUGUGAAACAUUUCCAUGUUUCCUUGCUUGCACUUUACAACACCUCACCUAGAACUAUAAUGGCGUCGGUCUCAGAACAACCCCCUAGCACGGAUCUGAUCACCUUGAGCAGACAUGUGAUGGACGACCAGCUGCGACUGGGAGCAGCCGCCACGGGAGAUCUCACCCUCUUACUUAUCGCUAUCCAAGUGACUAGCAAGUUCAUCGCAACCAAUGUGCGAAAAGCCCGGCUCAUCAACCUCGUCGGCCUUGCUGGUGAGACCAAUGUCCAAGGCGAGGAGCAGAAAAAGCUCGAUGUUUUGGCCAAUGACAUCAUGGUCAACGCCCUGCGGGCGUCUGGAAAGACCGCGGUCUUGGUCUCGGAAGAGCUUGACAAUGCUAUCAUCAUCGAGGAGAAAAACAGGGGAAAGUACUGUGUGGUUUUUGACCCGCUUGACGGCAGUAGCAACAUCGACGCUGGUGUCAACAUCGGAACUAUCUUUGGUAUUUACGCUGUGAGACCGGACUCUGAUGGAAGUAUAGAAGAUGUGCUCAGACCUGGGAGUGAGAUGGUUGCUGCAGGAUACACCAUGUAUGGUUCCUCUGCGAACUUGGUUCUCUCUACUGGAUCUGGUGUUAACGGCUACACCCUGGACGCCGCCCUAGGAGAAUUUAUUCUCACUCACCCUGAUAUAAAAAUACCUCCCCGUGGCAAAAUUUACUCCUUCAAUGAAGGCAACUCGAUGUAUUUUUAUCCUCCCGUGACCAACUACCUGAACUCGAUUAAGUAUCCGAAGACUGGCUCUCCUUACUCCGCGCGGUACAUUGGGUCCAUGGUUGCAGAUGUGCACAGGACGCUUUUAUAUGGAGGUAUCUUCGGCUAUCCUGACGAUAAGAAGAGCAAAUCUGGGAAAUUGCGAUUGCUAUAUGAGGCAUUCCCCAUGGCUUUCCUGACCGAGCAAGCCGGUGGAGUCGCAACUACGGGCACGAUGCGCAUCCUCGACAUUGUCCCAACAAGUAUACAUGAGCGGUGCUCUGUGUUCCUUGGGAGUCGGGACGAUGUGCAGGACCUUACUAAAUUCUAUGCUAGUGGGAAGGCUUAAUCACGCGAUGAUGUGUUGUUGUAUCGAAGUAUGU